GUUUUUAACCUCUGCAACAACAAAACAACCAUUGAAGCUGCAGAUCUUCCUCAGCUCUUAGUUUCCUCUUAAGAUAUUAAAUUUCGACAUUUAAUUAGAAAAACAAAACGCCUAAUUUAUAUCACAGCGUUUCUUAAAUCUUCGAAAACCCUAAUUUAUUCGGUAUAGGGCUAGCUGAUUUUGAUCUAGUUGCAUCCAUGUCUGGCGCGAUUCGGAUUGUGAUUUUGAGCCUCUUUUUGGGGAGCUUCGAUUUUUCAUCGUCUUCGUCGUCGGCUAAUAUGGGAUCGCGGUCGAUUCUCCGAGCAAUCGACGGCGACAACGGCGAUCCUCGCGACUACGCCGUCGAUUUGAACGUCACCAACUUCGAUUCCGUACUCAAGGACACCCCCGCUACUUUCGCCGUCGUUGAAUUUUUCGCCCACUGGUGCCCUGCUUGCAGAAACUAUAAGCCUCAUUAUGAAAAGGUAGCGAGGCUUUUCAAUGGACCAGAUGCUGUUCAUCCGGGGAUCGUAUUGAUGACAAGGGUAGACUGUGCGGCUAAGAUAAAUUCUAAACUGUGUGAUAGGUUCUCUGUGGGUCAAUAUCCUAUGCUCUUCUGGGGACCCCCUUCUAAAUUUGUAGGUGGUGUUUGGGAACCUAAACAAGAAAAAAGUGAACUACGUGUAAUUAAUGACGGGCGUACAGCUGAUCAGUUGCUUAAUUGGAUCAACAAGCAAAUAGGCAGCUCAUUCAGCUUGGGUGAUGAGAAAUUCGAAAAUGACCAUCUUCCAUCAAAUGUCUCAGAUCCUGGGCAGAUUGCACGAGCUGUCUAUGAUGUUGAAGAGGCAACUGCCACUGCCUUUGAUAUCAUCUUAGAACACAAGAUGAUCAAAUCAAAUACUCGAGCUUCACUUAUUAAGUUUCUUCAAAUUCUAGUGGCUCAUCAUCCUUCUAAGAGGUGCCGCAAGGGAAGUGCUGAGAUACUUGUGAACUUUGAUGACUUGUUCCCGUCAGAUCUGUUGUUGGCUAAUAAACAGGAAGAAAAUGAUGGACACGGUCCACUGGGUACUUUUCAGAUUUGCGGGAAAAAUGUUCCACGAGGUUAUUGGAUGUUCUGCCGUGGCAGCAAGAACGACACCCGGGGUUUUAGUUGUGGAUUGUGGGUUCUUAUGCAUUCAUUGUCCGUGAGAGUUGAGGAUGGAGAGAGUCAGUUCGCAUUUACUGCUAUAUGUGACUUUGUACACAACUUCUUCGUAUGUGAGGAAUGUCGCCAGCAUUUUUAUGACAUGUGCUCAAGUGUUUCUGGUCCCUUAAACAAAACCCGUGAUUUUGUCCUUUGGCUAUGGAGUGCGCACAAUAAGGUCAACGUGAGACUGAUUAAGGAAGAGGCAUCUCUUGAAACUGUUGAUCCUAAAUUCCCGAAGAUGAUUUGGCCUCCGAAGCAGCUUUGCCCUUCUUGUUAUCGCUCUCAUAACCAGAGGAAUAAUGAAAUCGACUGGGAUAAGGAUGAAGUGUUCAAAUUUUUGACAAAUUACUAUGGGAAAACCCUUGUUUCUCUUUACAAAGAUAAAGAUGCUCUUGGAAAUUUACUGACUAUUGGGGCUCUUGAGGAUUUAGUGGCCUCUACAAAUGCAGUUGUGGUGCCUGUGGGGGCUGCAUUGGCAAUUGCUGUUGCUAGCUGUGCAUUCGGAGCGCUUGCUUGCUAUUGGCGUUCACAGCAGAAGAGUCGGAAGUAUUUUCAUCAACUACACUCUUUAAAGAACAUAUGAUAGUUAGGAGGGCCAAGAAGAAACUGGAACUAAGAUUGCUCUAAAAGGCAACAGGCGAAGAAACUGGAGCCAAGAUUGUUGUAAAGAGGAAACUAAUACAUUGAGCAGGAGGAUUCAGGGUGGCUGAGUAGGAAUCCUUACAUACAGCCUUGUAGCAGAUACCCUGAUCGAGCUUUUAACUAUUUAAGAUUUAAGAUAAGAUCCCAUGUGGAUUGUACAGAUUUGUUUCACAUUCUUAAAUUUUGGGAGAGAAGCAUCCUAGAUCUCAGCGGCUCUUUUUGUUGUUGUUUUUUCCUUCUUUUCCCUAAUUGUUAAUCCCUCUCCCCCCAUUGUCUUACAGAGUUCAUUAGUGUAAUUCUGUUACUCUAUCCUUUUUUUAGCCCUUCCUGGUGUACUUUCUUUUAGGGGGUUCUCUUCUGGUAUACUUCCUUUGCUGUGUCCUUUCAUCUUGUUUCUGGGCCAUAUUGAACAGGUUAUGCAAUACUCAUACCCAAAA